ACCCCCACAGCUCAUGCCAUGAAGGAGGAGAACUUUCUUCGGCGCAGGUUCUCCCUCUGUCCGGCCUCGUCCACCCCUCAGAAGGUCGAUCCUCGCAAGCUGACACGCAAUCUCUUCUUUGGGGCCGACAAUGACAUCUACCCACUCAGCCCAGGAAAAGAUGUGGAAGGAAAUAGCCCAUCAGCGCUGAAGGAUGAGACACCACAGACUCCAAACUCCAUUAGUAAGAUUGAAUAUAAGCUUUGCAAUGGGUCUGACAGAGAGUGUGUAUCUCCCACAGCCAAAUUCACAAAGAAGGAAACACUGAAGGUACAAAAAAAAAAUUACAGACAGGAGAAGAAAAGAGCUACCAAACAACUCUUCAGUGCUCUGAAGGAUCCCAGUGUAGUGAUCACUGCAGACUGGCUGAAGAUUCGUGGGACUCUGAAGAGUUGGACCAAGCUGUGGUGUGUUCUGAAACCAGGAGUGCUGCUGAUUUAUAAGACGCCAAAGAUUGGACAGUGGGUUGGGACAAUCUUGCUCCAUUCUUGUGAGCUGAUCGAGAGACCCUCCAAAAAGGAUGGCUUCUGUUUUAAGCUUUUUCAUCCUUUGGAUCAAUCAAUCUGGGCUGUAAAGGGCCCGAAGGGAGAAAAUGUUGGUUCAAUCACUCAGCCUUUACCCAGCAGCUACUUGAUUUUCAGAGCAGCCUCCGAAUCAGAUGGCCGAUGCUGGCUGGAUGCUUUGGAACUUGCCCUGCGUUGCUCCAGCCUCUUCCGGCUCAGUGCCUCCAAGCAGGGAAAGGAUGGAGAAAUGAACUGCUCGAGCGAUUCUGCGCAUGCGGGGCUCAACCACCUCUUGCACACAAGCACUAUCUCAGACCAGGAGUUCUUCCAUUUGAAUGAAUCAGGCCUGGAGAACCACCACCAUUUGGAAAAUGAUGCUUUUUCGGACAAGUCUGAGAGAGACAAUGUAGAAGAGUCGGAGAAUGAAAUGCAUGAGAACAGCCGGAAGACAAAUGAAAGCGAGAGCGAUCAGUCAGAGAUCCAUGGAGAGGUCUCUCCGGGAGGAAAAGGGACGACUUAUAUUGAACAGAUCUAUGAGGAAUUUGGAGAGACUCCUUAUAACAGGACAACCUACAUGAGAGACCACAAAAGAAUGUCUCUGCCAUACCACCUUGCAGAGGUGCAGGAGGAGUUUAGUUUUGCCUUCUUCUUUCCACAGCCCAACCACCCCCCAGAGCAGCAGUUUGUGGUCUGGAGCCACCGAUCCAGGUUCAAGCUGUGUGUUGCAUCAGACUGUCACAAGAAGAAUG